GUGUCCGCAAUUGCGUCAGUGCUGUCGCUUCGUUCGUCUACGCGCCGGCAGCAUGGUGGCGCCACGGCGGGUCAUCACCGUGCUGCUCUUCGGUGCCGCCGCGCCGGCCGCGGCGUUUCAGCCGGCCCGCGUGAGCUGCCAGCAGCGACACAGAGUUGCUGUCUGCAGCACAAUUGACAACCGCCGGCGCUCGCGCAGCGACAACGAGGCGAGCGAGGGUUUAGGAAUCGUCAACGUGCCAGUCACGGAGGACGCUAUCAAAAUGGCGAAGGACAAGCUCGAAAGUCGUUCCGGCUCGGUCGCCUCCGCCGCGACGGCCUCCGCCGUCGCCGCUGCCGCCGCGGCAUCCGACGCUCUCCCCGAUGUUGGGUUUGAUCCUUGGUCUCCCUUCUCCUGAAAUUCGUGUUGUUUAUAGUCGAAAUCUUAAGUAUCAUUCGUUUCGCA